GAAGUGGUUCAUUCAUCCAUCCACCGUACAAAGAACAUUCCAAACCGUGCUUCUGGUGUCCGAACCGAACAACUUCAGCUCUCUCUCUCUCUCGUGCACAGAUCUUCUUUCAAAUAAUACCGAUUUUCCUUCUCCUCCUUCUCUUCCCCUUUCUAAUUUUUCUUAUCCUUAUCAGGUUAUUCAUAUUUUCAGACCAAGAUUCACCCUUCGUACGAGAAUGGAUCCUCAAGGUCAUGGCCAAAACCCGUCUAUGGGAGUUGUUGGCAGUGGACAAAUGGCCGCAUAUGGUUCUAAUCCGUACCAGCCCAACCAUUUAACUGGGUCACCUGGGAUGGUUGUUCCCAAUGUGGGGAAUAUUCAACCCGGUGGUCAACCAGAUGGAACUCAGCUCGGACAACACCAACUUGCUUAUCAGCAUAUUCAUCAGCAGCAACAACAACAGCAGCAGCAACAGCUCCAGGCCUUUUGGGGAAAUCAGUAUCAAGAAAUUGAGAAGGUAACUGAUUUCAAGAACCACAGCCUUCCCUUGGCAAGGAUCAAAAAGAUUAUGAAGGCUGAUGAGGAUGUGAAGAUGAUAUCAGCUGAGGCGCCGGUUGUGUUUGCUAGGGCAUGCGAAAUGUUCAUAUUAGAGUUAACCUUGCGUUCUUGGAAUCACACUGAAGAGAACAAAAGGCGAACACUUCAAAAGAAUGAUAUUGCAGCUGCCAUCACAGGAACUGAUAUCUUUGAUUUCUUGGUUGACAUUGUUCCUCGGGAGGACUUGAAAGAUGAAGUGCUCGCAUCAAUACCAAGAGGACCAAUGCCUGUUGGAGGACCUGCUGAUGGAAUUCCUUAUUGCUAUAUGCCGCCUCAAAAUGCACAGCAAGCUGGAAAUCCUGGUCUCAUGAUGCAUAAUCCUAACAUGUAUGCUCCGCAGUCUCAUCCAUACAUGGCACCUCAAAUGUGGCCCCAACCAUCAGAGCAACAACCAUCGCCUUCAGAUCAGUAGCUGCUUAUUAUGGAAGUGUCAUGGUUAGUAAGGUGAACUGAACUUUGGUGCAAUAAAUUAGUUAUGUAAGGGUUGAAACUUGAAGUUUUAUAUUGUACUGACCAUAUCAAUACAUCACAGUAAAAUUUAAGUAUGCAGUAUUUAAAUUUCAAUGUCCUUUUACUUAAUGGAACUUAAUGUUAUUGUAUUAGAAAUAUACAGAUGAAUAACCAAUUAUGGUUUAUGGUUCAUCAGUUAUUAGCACAAGAUGUAUCCGAGUACAGGUGUCGAUCUCGUACUGUAUUGUGAUUUUGCAGUGGUGGUUUCAAUCUGAUCUUGCAUUAUUAGAUGAAAUAUAAUAAUUUUGUAUGUUGUGUGGAA